CUGAAGCGCGGAAACAAGGUCAGCCUGGACAUGGCAGUACUUGUAAAGACCGCAGAUCUACCCAAACUGCUAACUCGUCUGGAAGAAUUUUUACCAUGGUCUUUAAAGGUGUAUGGUGAACUGAAAGCAAACCUUUCGGGGAAAUGGCCUGGUUUUGACUUCUUUGUUGAUCAGUGGCCAGACUUUAACGUGGUCGUUUCUAAGGCAGAUCCAACUAAAACGAAGAGUCUAUACAUCAACAACGUAUGCAGUGUCUACAGUAAAGAUGAGACAGUUUUGAAAAAGAUUUUGAGCCUACCAGAUUUUUUGGAUUGGUCUAAACGCAUAAUUUUUGGAGCCGUAACGAUACAUUUGUGCGAUGUCAUCAAGGAAACAGCCAGAGAGAACGGUUCCACGGUUGAUGACAACGAUUGUGAUUGGUUGCAGGCUGACUCCAGCUCUUUGGUUGUCGUACCAAUUCCCGAUGGCAUGACUUUAAAACCUCUGGACUCCUCGCCAGAAACUGUGGAGAUUGUGACCAAGAACUGGGAAUACAGCGCAUGCGGUGCCGGGGCCUACAUCAAGACUCUCAUCGAGUCUUUCCCAUCUCGAUGUCUAUACGACAAAGACCACACCCUAAUCGGCUACGCCUGUGGACAGCCGUACGGCACUAUGGGGAUGCUGUUUGUUUGGCCCGAGUUCAGGAAGCGAGGGUAUGGGAAGGUUAUCAUGUCGCAGUUGGCGGACGCUUACGUACAAAAUGGAGACAAGCCCAGCGUUUGUAUUGAUCAGGAUAACCAAGUCUCAAGAAAGUUUCACGAGGGCCUGGGUUUCAAGGUCAUCCCGGAUAUGACCAUCUCGUGGUUGUCUGUUACUCCAAAAGGACAAAAGUGUGGUGGGAACACCUGUUGUGUUUAAUGGGAAAGCACGCGUCGUGAAUAUAUUAUUAAUUCAGUCCUGCAACUAAAAGUGAUUAGAGCUGAACCAUGUAAUGAAGUCUACUAACUGUUUUUUUUUUUAAUGUUCUGGUUAUUAUACAUAAUCUUUUGAUGCUGAAACAGUUAUACUCAAAAAGUAAGAUCUUGUGUGUUAUUAAAAUUAAAAUUAUUUAACAUGUGUAUUUAUUUGCCUCUGAUGUUUCGAUCUUAAACAUUUUACCCCCCCCCCCCCCCUCCAAAUUGCGAUACCAUGUGACUAUAAAAACUAUUAGACACACAGAGUAGACUACAAUGCAGAGUUUAUCAUCUGGUUGCAGGGCUGAUAUUAAGUUGCAUUCCUUCAUUUUAACUUUAUUUUCGUGCUUAUGUCAUAUUAAGGUUCAAGCACGUUGCCUUGGGCACACGUGUACUUGUUAAUGGCUGAUAAUGGUUAUGAUACUGAAGAAUCUUGUUAAUCAGUUUAACUAUUCCGGAUUGUGAUUUCAGUUAUAGGUCUGGAACAAGUGGGUAUUGAAGUUAGUUCUCCGAACAAAUAAAAUAAUUUUACAGUGGGUACAUGAAUAGUACUAGUCCAAUGUGUGUUCUUUAUGUAGGUUUUAUAUUCAUUGUCAGUUAUUAAAUCAGAUGUUGUUUAUCAUCGUUGUUAAACAUUUACGAUUAUUUACCUUACGUUCUAUACAGAGUUGUUAAACGGGAAUUUAUGGUAAUAAUAAAAAAGAUGCUUUAACAAG